AUGGAAGCCAGCGACCGGGGCACGGUGGAUGUUGAGCGUUUUGACUUGGAACCCAACCGCUCCAUCCUUCAUGGUUAUGUGGAUCACCUUGAUAUAUCAAAACUCAAAGGAUUACGCACCAACGAGGAGAAAGUACCUUAUAUCUUACCGAUUGCCGGGGUGGAAACUUUGUCUAAACGGAUGAAGGCGUCCAUGUUUGAGGUUGGGCAAACAAUCACUACCUGGCCCCAGUUGGCCAGUGCCGUGACAUUGGGUGGUGGCAUCGUGACGGAUGUAUGCCGCCGGAUUUUCCUGGAUGAGUACCACGAGUCUGGAAGGUAUUUUAUAGACAUGGAUGACCUGAUCGGUGAUAAAAAGAAAAAGGUUGUACCCCCUGAAUUUAAUCCACAGCCAUUGACUCCUGAAUUGGUUUUGGAGUUGAUCGCGCAAUAUUCAGCCAACUUACAGCCCGGCCUUGAGCUGAAAGAAGAAGAAGUCAGUAAAUUGGUGGGAAGCGCUAUUCUGGCACCUUCAGGUGGUAAUGCCCAACCCUGGAAAUGGCAUUGGAAAGCCGGAGCGCUGUACUUGUUCCGCGAUUCAGCCUUUGAAACGCGGUUGGUUGACUAUAACAGCACCGCGUCGUACAUAAGCCUGGGCGCUGCUUCUGAAAACUUGGUGCUCAAAGCACAUGAAUCGGGCUAUGAAGUGGUGAUCAGCAAAUUUCCAUUGGGCGAGCAGGGGCUUUUAAUUGCUGUAUUUACUUUUCAUGAAAAAGAGGUUGUCACAGAAGGUGUAGAAGCGCAUAUUGUUGAUGACCUGGUCCAUGUAAUUCCAUUGCGCGGUGCUAACCGGAUGUUGCGUAAUUCUGGUGCGGUACCCGAUAGUGCAUUAGUUGCUUUACAGGCUACAGCACAGACCAUACCCGGCGCUAAGCUUAGCCUGAUCACCGAACCGGCACCUCUCAAAGCAAUAGCUGACAUCAUCGGUAAGGCCGAUAAGAUGCGGAUUAUGCACGAGGGCGGUCACCAGGAUUUCAUGGAAGAAAUGGUGUGGACGGAAGAAGAGGCAAGGCAAAGGGGCCGGGGGAUUGAAAUCGACUCUCUGGACCUGACUGCAUCCGAGCGGGCGGGCAUUAAAAUGGCCACCGAUUGGGAGGCAAUAGCAUACCUCAAUAAGUGGAAUAAAGGCACCACAUUGGAGCGGGCUUCCCGCAAAUCAGCGAAUGCUGCUUCUGCCAUCGGGCUUAUUACGGUGGAUGGUUAUAAUAUGCCGCACUUCUACAAUGGUGGACGGGCGGUGGAAAGGAAUGCCGGUUUUGAGAUAGCAACAAGUCUCGGGGAUAAUGGUACCUUCUAUUAUCCCAAGGAAGAUUUGGUGGCAACAGCCCAGCUGCGGAGGGAAUAUACCAUUUAUACCGCCGUUACUACCAGUGCUGCAGAAGAGAUCCUCGAUGCGCAUCCUGAGAUAGAAGUCAUUAUCAGCGACCAACGGAUGCCAGGCAAAACCGGGGUGGAGUUUUUUGAAGAAGUAUGUAUAAAAUAUCCCUUGCCGGUAAGAAUGUUGCUGACAGCUUAUGCGGAUAUUGACUCUGUAAUCAAUGCUAUUAACAGGGGCAGGGUGUUCCGUUAUAUAUCCAAGCCCUGGAAUGAGUUUGAGCUGAAAGCCGCGAUCAAAGAAGCUUAUCAGUAUUAUGUAUCUAACUCGUUGCUGAAAGUAAAAAACGAGGAGCUGCAGGCAGCCUAUGACGAGCUGGACCGCUUCUCGCACAGUGUUACGCAUGAUAUCCGUGGCCCCAUUGUCAGUGCCUUAUCGGUGAUCGAUCAGCUGAAGGAUGUAGAUGACAUGAACGAGAUCAAGAAGUUUAUGAGCCUGAUGGAAAAGUCAAUGCGCUACCUUGAUUCCUACAUCAUGAGCACCCAUAGUUAUCACCGGAUGAAACAGGGUGAGAUGGAGAUUAACGAAAUUGACUUCCAAUCGCUCAUCGCCAGUAUCAAUGAAAUGUACGAGGUGGAGAAACGCCUGAAAGGCAUGCAGUUUGAAGUGGCGAUAGAUCAGCAGAAUACGUUCCGGUCCGAUGAAGUAUUGUUAUGCAUGAUCAUUGACAACCUGCUCUCCAAUGCCUUCAAGUAUGCCAAGAAUGUAGGUGCGGAUCAUAAGGUAAAGCUGAACAUAGAUGUGAAAGGAAAAGAAGCGCGUUUGGUUAUUAAAGACAAUGGCGUCGGCAUCAACAACGAUCAUGUGGAGAAGAUCUUUGAUCUUUUCUAUAGAGGAGAUGGCGCUAAAGUGGCUGAGGGUACCGGUUUCGGUUUAUACAAUACGAUCAUUAUAACCGGUAACGGACGCUGA